GAGAGGUGGCAAUGGAGGCUGCAGAUCUGCGAGUACCGGACAUUCCGCUCGCCUCGUGUGAUGAUGAUGAUAUCGAUAGUAAUAAGAAUUUGAGCAACCAUUCAUCAGACGAGAAACAUCACUGCAACAGCAACAGCGACGAGGAACGUCUUCAUGACGAGUUCUCUGGAUCCCUUGAGGACCUUGUCGGCAACUUUGACGAAAAAAUUGCGGCAUGCCUGAAGGACCACGAGGUGACGACAGCGGAUAUUGCACCUGUGCAGAUACGUACUCAAGAGGAAGUUAUGAAUGAAAGCCAAACAUGGUGGACAUUAACCGGAAACUUUGGAAACAUUCAACCUCUCGACUUUGGAACCUCUUCGAUAUGUAAAAAGAUGGCCGCAGCUCUGGACAGUGAUUCAUUGAAAGACGACGCAUCUACACGCCGAAGUAUGACAAAUUCCGAUGAUGAGGAUCUUUUACGACAACAAAUGGAUGUUCAUCAAAUGAUUGGACAUCAUCAUGGAUCUACGGAUACUGGUGGUGAAACACCUCCACAGACUGCUGAUCAAGUUAUCGAAGAAAUUGAUGAAAUGUUACAGUCAUGCGAUUUCACUGGCUCAAUGAUGACGGAUCGAACGAUGGAAUCAGUUGAUUCAAUGUAUUCUUCAAUGCGUUCACCAUUUCCAUCAUCAAUUCAAUCAUCAGAUGCUGAUAUUAAACUUCGAAGUGCACAGGCCCUUGUCAGCAAUCCGGAUAAUCUUCAAGAGCUCUCCUAUUCGAAAUUGGUGACACUAUGCGCGGAAAUGGAGCAGCUGAUUCGGGUUUAUAAUGAGAGUUUGGUCGAUGAGCUGGCACAUCGAGAUGAGCUGGACUACGAAAAAGAGAUGAAAAACUCGUUUAUUUCACUAUUACUGGCGAUUCAAAACAAGCGACGAGUUUACGCUAAUGAUCGGAAACGGAAGGUCGGAAAGGCGUCGGAUGCUUCACAAUUGCCACAAUAUUUGACAGCGACAAUUCCGUACAACGAUCAUCAACAUAUCGAUAAUGCGUCGAUUGCGUCUCUAAUCAAAAGUGAGAAGAUGAAAAGAGAUAUAAAUAAAUAUCUAAUUGACAAAGAAUAUCAGCUGUGUGUUGAUUGAUUAGUGAGAAAAAGAAGAGAUAUUUGCAUAAGAGAUACAGAAUUUUAAUAUGUUUUUCUCGGGAUUAUGUCCCCUUGUUAGAAGUGGAAUAGGGUCGGUGGGGAUUUUUAAAGGAUUUUCCAUGAAAAUCAAGACUUUUUUUUCGGUUUUUCGUUUCUCCGAUUUUUCGAAAAACAAAAAUAGCCCCCAAUUUAGCUAAUUUUUCAUAUUUUUAAAAGAAAAUUAUAUGUUUUUCCUCAUCACCAUAAAAAAAAAUUGAUUUUAAAAAUUGAAUUUUAUUCUUAAUUUUCGAAUUUUUUUUCUCGAUUUUUUGUACCUGAAAUUAAUCGAAAAAAUUUUUAAUUUCGCGAAUUUGCGUCAAAAAUAUUGUACAAAAAAUACUGUCUCGAGACGAAAAUUGUUGUUAAAUGCGAAAAGGUGAGGAUUACUGUAGUUUCAAACAUUUUAAUCGCGAUUGUUUAAAGUUGUUCUCAAGAUUUUGCUAAAUUGUUUUAUUUAUAUAGUUAUGGAGUAAAAAAAAAAGAUGAAAAAUCGAAAAAACCUGAAGCUACAGUAAUCUUUAAAGGCGCACGCCUGUUUGUAUUUAACAAAAAUUGUCGUGCCGAGACCUGGUACCGUAUAAUUGUGCUAAUUUCGCGUCUGGGUAAUAUUGCAAAAUGGAAAUUGAGAAACCGGAAAAUUUUAAAAUAAAUUCUCUCUCAAUAUCCCUUUGAAAAACCGGAAAAAAGUUAUAAACAAAUUUAAACAAAAUCUGCUAACUUUUUGCCAAAAUUUCUCAAAAAUUGAACAAAAAGUCAUUGAAAAUUGAAAAUAAAUGGUUUUUUUCAGUUCUCCGCGCAAUCCACGAUGACAAUACGACAGUACCCACCCUGCUGACAGACUACAUUUUAACACAUGUCUGUCCAAAAAAUAUAUCGUGUUAGCCAUUGCCACCCUUCGCCAUUCCAUACUAGUCAUUUUCCCCCAUCUACUUGUUCUUCUUCUUCUUUCUAUUCUACAAUUUAAAAGUUUUCCGUUCUGUUUUUGAAAAUUGUGUGAUACAGCUUUAAAAAAAAAUAGUCCAAAAAAAAUCGUAUUCUCUCUCUCCACAGCUGCUUUCCAAAAAACCCCCUUCUCUUUCCUUUCCAUGUUAAUUCAAAAAGCUUCUUGACUCUCUGAAAACCCAAUGAAUGACACAAAUUCUAGUUGUGCCCCCCUCCCAAUUGCACCUGCCAACAAAAAGUCCAUACUCAAAUUCUCUACAAUCCCGGAAUCUC